AUGAGCGACGAUGGUCACCCCAACUCUGGCAAUGCAUGGACCUCCGCCUCAGCUCCUCACUGUCAAGCGGCAUCAUGGAACCCAGCAUUGAGACCCGAUAACGAGCACAGUCUCUCUCCAGCUCACAUGCGAGACCUCUCCCCGACUUCGAACGACGACUUCUUCGAUCGCUAUCCAGCUCCGACUCCCGAAAAGCGCCGGCAGCAUGAAUCGACACCCGAGGUUGAGCACGACGAGCUAGAACCGCCGAUCGCCACUCACCGGAAUAGCAUCUCCGUGGAGCGUGUCGUCGAACAGCGAUCAGAGGUGGCGUCGUCGGAGGACUUGAUGCGCGUGCCCGCGACUGAUUGGCUUGCCGAAGGACCAGGAAGCCGCAGACAGUCAGCCGUCAACUUCGAGGAGGACAUUGCUCAGAUUCCGGCACAAGAGCAGUAUGAUGAAGAGGAAGGAGCCGUCUUCCAGCCGGGAGAAUCGACACUUGAGCAGGAGCAGGACCUGGAAAUGAGGAUGCCAGAUCACGAUGAGCAGCUUGCAGGAAUUCCCAGCAUACCGACAGCGACAGAUGCCCAGUUUGACGAUGAGCCCGAGACAGAGCGACCGGGGUCUGGUUCCGAGCAUGAGGGCGAAACAUUGGAGAUGGAGGAGGCAGUGGAGGAAGCUCCAAGUGCACCACUGUUGGAAGAUCCGGAAGAACCUCCCACAGUGGAGACAAUGCAGCCACAAGCACCUGCACCACCAGUGCGCGCAGUGAGUCAAGCUUCGAUGCUGGACUUUGACGGGUCCGCGAGCUCAGGACAGCCACUUCCGAACGCUCACGCCCAACCUGGGCAUCUCGAUCGGAGCUUUACGACGAAUUUCACCGAGCUGGAAACACCGGUGGAAGCUCAAGGAGAUGAAGGACGACAGGAAGCUGCACCUGUCAGCGAGGGGUGGCCCUCUGCGGGAGAUGAUAAGACAUUUGGAGAACGCCUCGGAAACGAACAGACGAAGCAGCCGAGCGACGAGUUGCAGCAGACUGACGACGGGUGGGGAUCGACGGCAGACGAUGAUGCGUUUGGGGAGCUGUUGGGCAACGACAGCAUGAGUGGGCUAGAACCGGAAUUUACGACACAGACCAUGGAGGAUGCGAUUCAAGACGCGUCGGUCGAUGCAACGGAAACGGUCAGGGAUGAAGAUCUGGCAGCCAUGUGGGCAUCCGCGCUUGAUGACGAUGAUCUAUUAGACGAAUCGAACGACCUGGACCCGUCCAGCUUCUUUGGAGACGAUGAUCCUGGCUUCCUGGAUGACGAGUUGUUGACGCCGGCUGAAGCUGCGCCCGCGCCUGUAGUGAAGCCACAAGCUCCAGUGCAGACGCAGAGAACGAUCAGCUCUUACCUACCGAGCCAGCCGAGCGCCCCAGCGAAUCCAUAUGCUGCAACGAGUGCACAGGCCUUUACCAGUCAUGGCAGAUCAGCAGGCACUCCCUCUACUGGUCUUUACGACGUCUACGGGCAUGGCGGUCCUACACAGCAGCAAGCACAGCCGCAGAGACCCGGAAUUUCAUCUGCACAGAGUUUCGUUGACAAAGCGAAAGGGGGAUACCAAUCACCAUAUGAUCUGCCAAUGGAAGUCGUGAGGCCCAAGCAAAGGCCACGGCCAGCACCCAUAACCUCUCAAACCACCGCGACGCCCCCACCGAGAAGCAGCAGUAUGUCAUCGCAACCAGGGCAAUCGCUUCAGACACAGCCGCUCAUGGGCAGUACUCCGCCCUCAAGCGCAGGAUCUGUUCCAGCUCCACCUCCACUAACAGCUGCAAAUGGCGUGCCUUCAGCUAGAGGUACACCAAAGUCGGAUAGUGGAUUCUUCGCUGACCUUCCAGUCUCUGGCCCGAAGCCUCGUGCUCGACCGUCCGGAGCAUACACGCCUCAACCACAGGUUGCGCCUACGCCUCCUCCAUCACAGAUGCCACAGCAACUCAGUCGCCCUCCAAUGGCACCGUCUAUGCCGUCCCAACAAUCUGUACCACCUCCAACAAUAUUGCAGCGGCCGUCAUAUGCUGCAUUAGCGCAGCCGGAAAGAUUGCCUCUGCUUCCUGAUCAAGCGACAGCUUCCGCCCCAUCCCAUGCGCUAGUCGCACCACCCCAAAAUCAGCCAUACUCGCCCAGCACUCUUCCAGCUCCAACACAAUCACAAAACCGCUUCUCACCAGCGCCGCCAUCUAGCCAAGUACCACCGACCGGUUCUCGAUACUCUCCAGCUCCAACUUCACAGGCUCCUACGUCGAAAAAGUAUGGCCCAGCAACUUCGACCGUGCCCACACCGCCAGGCGUCCAGAGUGCUCACCAGUUCUUGCCUAGGACAAGCAGCCCACUGGCGUUUCACACUGAGAAGCCUCAUCCCAUGCCGCCGCAAGAGCUGUCACGUGGCGGCGCAUCCAUGUCAGCUUCUCCGCCCAAGCAAAACGGCACACGCUCUUCUGGCACCAUGAGUCCAGAACGUGCUGCCAGCAUCAGCUACUCGCCCGUUGAACAGCGCUUGCCAUCUGGAUCCAACCUCUCUAGUCCGCCUCAAAGACCCAUGACACAGUCUCCCCCUGCUGUCAUGAAGACAUCGCAGUACGCAUCCGUGCAGCCGCUGGAAAGGCCUGCCUCAGCAUCUGGAUCUGCACAUGCACCUUUAGCUGCCCCAAUGCAACCUGCCCUUGCGAACACCAUUGCACCCUUGAAUCGCUUGCAUCAUCGCAGGCAGUUUUCGAGGGAUCUGAGCUUUGCAACACCGCAGGACGAGCGCGCACAUGAUCCGCUUGAGCGAUGGAAAGGUCACCCGAUCUUCAGAUGGGGAGAAUCCGGCGUUAUUGUGAGCAGCUUUCCGCGCCAGACACCCUUCUACGCGGCAGGUCACGGCAUCCCUAGCGUCAAGUGCACACCGGGUACAGUCAGCACACAGGAGGCAUCCAGCUUCAUGGCCAUGGAUGACCGAAACGCGAAAUUUCCCGGACCUUUACCUGCUCGUGCGAAGGGUAAGAAAAAGGAGGUUGUGGCUUGGAUGACUGGCAAGAUUGAAGACCUCGAAAGGAAGGCCGAACAGGUGAGAAUGGACUUCCAGAUGGAUCCUGAUCUCAAGAAACGGACCGAGGAGAAGCUGGUACUGUGGAAGAUUGUCAAGAUAUUCGUUGAGCACGACAGCCACGUCGAAGGCAGCAAGCAGAUUGAAACCGAGAUCCGCGCAGUACUUCUGCCAAAUCUUGCCCAACAGAAUCAAGUGAUGGAAUUGCAGAGUCCGGUGUCAGGCACGCAGGGCAUCCAGGCCGAUAUCGUUGACAGGACUGUCGUUUUUCAGCUUCGACAAGCGCUUCUUGAAGGUGACCGCGAGCGUGCCGUGUGGCUGGCCGAGGAGAAGAAGCUGUGGGGACAUGCAAUGCUCAUUGCAUCUACCAUGGGUCCCGAAGUCUGGAAACAAAUUAUUCAAUCGUUCGUGAGAUCGCAAGUCAAGACUGUCGGCAGCGAUGCAAGAAGCCUAGCAGCACUGUACCAAGUCUUUGCAGGCAAUGCGGACGAGUGUGUAGACGAACUGGUUCCACCCUCGGCACGUGCAGGCUUCCAGAUGGUCUCCAAGACAGACGGCUCGUUUUCUGGCAACCCUCUUGAGGGUUUAGAUCAGUGGCGGGACACCCUUGGUCUUGUGGCCGGCAACCGAACGGCGAACGAUGCACCAUCGCUCAUGGCUUUAGGCAGGCUUCUAAGUAGCUAUGGCAGAGCAGAAGCCGCUCAUACCUGCUUCCUUUUCGCUCGACAUCUAGUCAAACACACCGGCGCCGACGAUCCAGAGGCGAGCUUUGUCAUUCUGGGUGCCAAUACCCAAAGCACAGCUGACAGCUUUGCCAACGACCUGGACGCCAUCAUCCUCACCGAGAUCUACGAAUGGACAUCUUCACUUUCGGCGCCAAGUGCUUCCGCGCAGUACGUACCCCAUUUGCAAUCAUUCAAGCUCAUCCAUGCGCAAGAGCUUGCCGCGUACGGAUUGAAGAGCAAAGCGCAAGCCUACUGCGACCACAUCACUUCGGCGUACACUUCCACGACACGGCCUUCACCAUAUUACCACCCCACAUUCACGACAGCUGUCAGCGACCUCAGCGCCUUCCUGUCACAAGCACCACAGACUGGCAAGAGUGGUCUGCUAUCGAAGGGUGCUAUGAACAAGGUCUCGUCUGGCGCGUCCAGCUGGUUCACCAAAUUCGUAUCAGGCGAUGACGAUCAGACGCCUGCGGGUUCUGCACCCGGUGCGGGAAGCCAAGAUAUGAUCAGUGGUCCGUUUGGUGCUGUCAAUGGCGACUUGUCUGACAACAGUAGAAGUGGGUCAGGGCAAGAUUUGUACAACCCGAUGAUGAUGGGAGGUGGCGUGCCGUUUGCAGCCGCGACGCCACCGCAACAGCAGUUUGCGCCCACUUCCGCGCCCAGCAAGUACGCCCCAGCUGCAGCAGGGAAUAGAUACGCACCGGGGUCCUCUGGAUCAGCUAGCAGCUUUGGCGUCGCUCCUCACCGAGCUGCAUCACCACAAUCGCGAUCCUCGAUGGAGCGGCCUUCUUCCUCAUACUCUUCAAAGUCAUACUACGCACCCAAUCCAGCGGUCCAAGCAUUGAGUGUUCCGCGACCAGAAACGGGUAGAGCGGCUUCGGACUACAGCGUUGCAUACUCGUCAGACUCAAGAAGAGGAUCGGCGCAAUUCCCUGGCUCUCAGAGCAGCUACGAACCAAGACCACUGCUGGCCGAGGAGACCCCAUCAUAUGGCUAUCAGCCGGACGUCCAGCAGCAGCCAGCGCACGAUGCUGAAGCGAGUGAUCCAUUCGCCAAGCCAAAUGGCAUCGAGUCACAUAAUGACUCUGAAGGCGGUGUUUACCAGUCCCACACGUCAAGCUACGAGCCAUCUUCAGGUGGCUACGAACCUCCAAGCGGCAGCGGCGGAUACGAGCCACCCUCAUAUCAGCCUUACCAGCCAGAUGAAGAGGCAGAGGAUGAUGUCUCGACCAAGCCGAAGAGAAGGAACAUGAUGGACGACGAUGAAGACGAUGCCAUGCUAAAAGCUACUGAUGCCGCGAGAAAAGCCGAGGCAGACCGACAGGCAGACGAGGCGUUCAGAAAAGCUGCAGAAGCUGACGCUGCUCGCGACAAGUCGAAGGGCGGCGCUGGCGACAAGAAAGGUUGGUUCGGCGGCAUAGGCGGGCUCUUCGGCGGCAAGAAAGAGUCGCAAGACAUGCCAACCGUUCACAAAGCGAAGCUGGGCGAAGAGAACUCCUUCUACUUCGACAAAGACCUCAACAAGUGGGUCAACAAAAAGGGCGGCGCAGAAGCAGCCACCCCUGCGGCCGCAACACCACCUCCUCCCCGAGGAGGACCUCCAAGUCGAGCCGUCAGCGCCGCGCAGGCAAUAAUGGGUCCUCCUUCCGGCCCACCCUCACGAGUCGCAAGCGGUGCUGGUCUCGUCGGUUCGCUCGGCUCACGAGGUCCGCCUUCGAUGUCAGGUUCCAUCGGAGGAUCACCGUCGCUCGGUCCAGCCUCCGGGCCGCCUUCACGAAUUGGCACGCCAGCAUCCGAACACGGUGUUCCCAUGCCUGCGGCCGUCGCUGCUCUGAACGGGAGUGAAGCACGACCUCCUUCAGCACCGCCCAGUCGUCCGUCGACUAGUAUGAGCAACGCCAGUAGUCUUGACGAUUUGCUCGGUCAGCCAGCUCAGCGGAAAGCUGGCGGCACGGUCAAGGGUAAGAAGAAAGCUCAAAGGUAUGUAGACGUGAUGGCGAAAUGA